GUUAAACCAGGGCUUGUAAUAAAUGGAUUCCGCAUCUAAGAGGCCCCUUUGAAGAUGUCCGAUGCACCGCGAGUCUUUUCUCCCCCUAUCAUAAUCCCCUUAAUCCCCCUCCCGGAGCGCACAGCUCGUAAAUCUCACUCCCGAAACUGAGUGACAUCGGGCUCGCGAAAUGCAUUGUUGGAAAUACAUAUCGGCUGCUAUCACAAAAAUGGCGGCGUACAGUAGGGAUGAGUAUUUGCUAGGCGACGAUUUAGACUUUCUGACUGAUUUUGAGGAAGAUUUGAUUCUUGAGCCUGGUGUAUGGGAAGUUGGAGACCAAUACAAGUUAUGCACGUGUGAAAUUCCAUCAACGGAAAAUCUUAUUCGUUGCAGCGAACCAGAAUGUACGGUUAAAUGGUUUCAUCGUGAAUGCAUAGGCAACAAUGGAGGGGUUGGAGAAGCUAGAGUCGGGCCGGAGUGUGGGGCGGGGGGCGCAGACGAGCAGCCUCCGCAAGCCGUGCAACCGUCAACAGCCAGCACCAUGUCGGCGUCUACCGACGAAUUGUGGAUGUGCAAAGAUUGUUCCUGCUCAAGAUCGGGUAGCACCCGCAGCCAGGAGGCAUCUUCUUCAACAGGAAAAACAAAGUCUGGCCCAGCUACUGCUAGGCCUAAGCGGCGUAAGCCUAAUAGGAAGAAAGCUAAAUCAACAAUGGACAGGCAAGCUAUCAUUGACAGAGGACCACAACUCAUCCGUAAUGCCCUGAAUGAGGUACAGUUGGACAAACUCUACACAGACGGCAGUGUCUCUCGUCUAGCACAAUUCAUCAAAUGUGAGGAGGACUCAUUCAUCAACCUGGCCAAGGAAUUGGUGGACAACAUCUAUACCUGUGCUACUGCUGGUGAUGGUUUUACUAUAGGACCAUCAGCUAAUAUCGAAGUGUCCAAAUCAUUCCAUGUCUUCAGAUGUAGACCAGAGGUGAAGAAGAAAUGGACAGAUUUUCUGUGGCAGCAAAACGUUGAGGAAAGCGAUCGGGUUAAAUUUACACUGUUCCAGUACAUCUUAAGGAAAACCCUUAGUUUUGUCCUCACUCUCAUGCAAGGUGAACAGUCAGGCGAGUCUGUUGAAGACACCCAUCGUGUUUUAUCAAAAGAGGAAGAAGGAGUGCUACGAUACGUAGCCGGGUACAUUCCUUUUGCUCUGGUCAAACGAUACCGUAGAAUGAAGGCUCCUCUUGGGAAAAAGUUAACCGCAGUGCUGUUAAAGUGGAAGCUUACAGAUGAUAACAAAACAGAGGCAGACAGUUUUCUUGAGUAUACAUCUGUAUGGAUGACUCAUCAAAAUCGGGGAGGACUCUUCCAAGUUCGCGAUGCUGUGUAUCGAUUCAUGUGGACCAUGGAAAAUGUGGUACGCAAAGAACUUUCAGUCAGUAAAUUGGUGGGUAGGGAUGAGUCUGCCAAAGAGGUAUUAGAACGAGCGGUGAAUUGUAACAAUAAUGUACAAAAAUGUUGGAAUGUACUAGUAUGUGAAGACCUGGAGGAACAGGAAGCAGAGGAUUUAUUCUCAACUGUAGUCAAAUACUACAUAGCCAUUCGGCUGAGGAACUAUGUCAAAUUGUAUGUAAACAUGAAGAAGAAGCAAAAGAUGACAGAAAGUCGGAAGGGUCAAAAAGGACUUAGAAAAGAGUUGAAAAAGAAGUCAACAUCUAUCUGAUCAAAAGGAAUUGAGAUGUACAUGUAAGACAGAAAGUAAAAUGCAGAAGUACAGGUCUUUAAAAGUGAAUACAUCUCACUAUUUAUAUACAAUACAUGUACCAGUUGUUUUAAAAUGUGCUUCAUUCAUACCUUUUGUAAAUAAUACAGUCUGUUUUGUAUGCCUUGCCACUGGAUCAUCAUCAUUACUACAUGUACAUUAAAGGUAAAGACCAGUUUUGGAAACACCCCCCCCCCCCCUCUCAAAA